UUACCCGGUUAGCAAGACAUAUUAGUUGAACUUUUUUCUGUUUUGUUUUAUAGAGACUUUGAGCCGAUUGGCCUCAUUCACAUAACUGAUCAUGAUCAUCACAAGGAACGCACAAAAAAUCCACUGGAGGCGCCUAGUACUUGGUGUGCUGAUCGCCAAAGUAAAAAUGAGAGCUUAACAGAGCCUCAUCCUAUAGAUUCAAUAGAAAAUCAGCAUCUUUUUCAACUCUUCUUUACAAAAUCUUUGAAUUUUUCAUGUUUAAUGCUGUACCAAAAUCGUCACUAAGUUGAAUUCUAAUUUUGAGUUUAAAUAAAAAUACGUGCCUCCUUACAACCACUGACAACGUAACGCUCAGCAGUAAACAUAUGGUAACAUGGGGUGAUCGUGUGAUGUUUACUAUGUGUUCCAUUUCAUCGUUCAUCUGAUGCAGGUCAAGGUUUGGAUGAUUCCCCGCACAAAGGUCACCGUUGCUGAUUGAGGCAAUUGAUUUGCUUUGGUGUGUAUCAUCUGAGUUAUGGCUUCUUUAAACCAUACCAGACAGCUUACUUUCAUUGGUUUAAUGUUGUGUUAUGGAUCACAAUGUUACACAAUUCAUUCGUCACAGUGCCGAUGUUGGGGGAAUUUGCAACAAAAGCUAUAAUUUUGCAAUCCCGCCCAGCGGCGAACGUCUUACAAAAAUCACCGUAAAUCAAGCUGGCGUUGAUGAACGUAGCGAAACUGUGGGAUUCGUCAUGCUUCAAACUGCUACCGGAAGGGGGCGCCCCCUUUGAUGCAGUUUCCGCGAGUCACCGCCGAUGAAGGUCAUUAGCGUGGCGUUCAAUCUGCAUCACAUGGGCUACCGGGUUGGAGUUUUCGUGACACACACACAUUCAGUAAAGUUGAGAAAAAACAAUGUAAAAGGCGCCCAGAUAGAGAGUUCGUUUAUGUGGUGGCUUAUCAACGAAAUACAAAAGAAAAAAAAACAUAACACACACGGGGAAGAUAGUCGCGACUGAGCCUACAACCAGCUGAUGAUAAAGAUGCCGGUAAACUCUAAACACGGGGGAAGACGUUCCCGGUCGUGUUGCGCUGUCUUACAAGCUGUUAUCAAAGAUAUGGGGCCGGGGUACGGGGUGAACUGAUUCGGCGGUGGUGGGCCGAAUAGAAAUAACGAAAUCACACACUAGUCAAUCAGCGGAACCGGUCCGAGAGACGCGUACAUCCACUAGGCGCUCUGGAGGGGCUCUGUGGACCUGAGUAGUGCGUGCUGUCCAUGAUGGCACUGUAGUUCAAAUCAAUUGUCGUAUUCGAAUGGUCGAAAUUGUGUUCUUUUGCGGCCAAAUAGACGAGUGUCUUGUGUGUUGUGUAUACACGAAGAAUCGAACCAGCGCCGGUUAUCAUCACCGAAGGUCGGCGGAGACACACAUACUACACCCCUGCUCCCCGUGUGCCGUUGUUUAUCGUGCUGUUGAUUUUGAUAAUUAUCGAACCAAAUUUUUGAGCAAACGCACGAGCCGGGCCGCACAAGAUCACGCGGUCCAAACGGUCCAAAAACGGAACGGCACACAGCGGGCAGUGUGGAUGCGCGACCGAUCCAGAGGUGUUGCGUUCCCGUGUUGGGGUGAUUGGAAUUUCACGACCAGGACAAGGUUGCAAAUUGAACAAGAUUAAACCAGGGGACGGGUGUGCGGUAUUCAGGUGAAAGCAUUCCUUGACUGAUUGGAGGACGCUUCUUCAACCAGGCACUCAACUCAGCUGGCCGCAAAUGUUGCGAUUCAGCGGAUCGAACUGGUUCACCAGGCCACACUCCCGCCGGAAGAGUGGGAAAAAAGUAAAGGUAACCUUCUCGGACCAGCUCGACACGACCGCCAGCGACGACGGCAGUGUGCCGUCUACGAGCCCGAGCCCUUCCACUUCCGCCCAGGCCCGGUGGCGCUAUCUGGAGCAGAUCUUCGUACCGCCCAGUCCGGAAGCGGCACCGAACCGUUCGGGUCCGGCGUUCGACCGUACCAGCAGUUUGCGGCAGAGCGGUACCAGCUACGCAUCGGUAGGGAGCGCCAGCAGUGGCCCGUACAAUAGGCGACCGCCGCCACAGCGAAAAGUAGGCCAGAAGAUGGCAGACUGCGAGAAGGAGGAAGCCCUAAAUCUGCAGGUGGAAUUCGAGUGGGUACUACACGAGGAGGUACAUUCGGUGCUGAAGCAGCUGCACGUUAUCCUGGUGGAGUGUGCCCACCGAUUUCCGGUCCCGCUGUACGGUAACGAGGGCAAGAAGCAGGACAAGUUUGUGCUGACGGCCGCACCGGAACAGCUCAAGUGUAUCGUCACGCUUACCGGGGACAGCAUAACGCAUGCGGACAUCAACUUUAAGGUGCAGCGGCAGCAGCAACAGAUCCAGCGCACCUCCAUCACCCAGGACUACCCGUGGAAGAUACAGCAGGUGCAGGAUGCGGCCAACCAUCUGCAGCAGGCGAUCAACCACAUCGACAACGUGGACAGUGCGUACCAUUUCAAGACGUCCGACGAGGUGCUGCACAUACUGGGCAACAUUCUCGGGGCGUUGCAGCGCGGCCGCACCUCGCUCGUCGUGCCCCGCAAGAAGCCGAUCGACGAGCUGAUGAAGAGCCGCAACAUGAAGGCGCUGUCGCCGAACCUGCCAGAAGAUUUAGCGAUCAGCUUCUACAUCCAGAGCCACAAGCUGAUCUUUGUCGCGUACCAGCUGACCAACUUCCAGGGCACGAUGAAGUUCGACUCGUGCCAGGCGGAGUGCUCCGUACCGUGGCUGAACGAGGUGCUGGUGCUGUUUACCGUCGCGCUGCAGCUGUGCCAGCAGCUGAAGGAUAAGAUAUCAGUAUUCUCGCAGUAUAAGGACUUCACCGUUGGAUCGCGCUCACCGUCAGCACUGUCCUACUGAUGCCAGGUGCGCUCAGCAAGCGGUUGCGUACCAUGUCCAUCGUAGACAUUGCAAAACCGUCCGGAUCCUUUGGGCGAGCCGUGUUCAAUGCAGACAACCAGAUCGAACAAACCGCCACCUCUCUUUAUGCGGCAGGAUAUAUAAGGUGAACGCAUAAGAGGAGGAAAACCAAACAAAAGAUGGAUAGUUAAAUAUACCACACGGUCGCCGUACCGUACUGCUGUAUAAGACUCGCGGAAAUACUCUGGCUCCCUACCCGGUCCCUACGACGGAUUUUCUUGCAGUCGUGUUGUUGGGAAUGCGUGUAUACUUGAUGUUUGUUAUUAUUCAAUCAACACAAAAAGCGCUAAUCCCGUUGUUAUUGCAUUAGCCUGUAAGCACUAUCCAAAAAAAAACCUGUUUCAUCAAUCGUAUUCGAGGUUUUCGUGUUGUGUACAAUCGACAACCGCGCCGGUAUUCCAAUCAGGUUUUGCUCCUUUCACAAAAUUCGAUUCCUUAGUGCCAUGAUUUUGCGGAAAGGAGAUUUGAAGGGAUGCAGCAAUACAUUUGAUCGUUACUAAAUCGAGAUAUACAAAGAAGUAAUUGGCAGUGUGCGUGAUUGUGUGUUCGAAUCACCAUUCAAUCGGUUAGUUGUGAACAAAGUCAGUAGAAAUGUCCCUGAAAACCCAGUCCUUUUCCUUUCUAUUUCGAAAAGGUGUAAUCUGUACUUAUCUAAAUUGGCAGAAAGGAUAACAUAAUACACACAUUAGGCGAAUGCGAUAACUUAAGCCAACAAUAAUCCUAACCGUAGAAUUAGUAUGCCAAAAUUAUAAAUCUACACGCAAACCGAAAGAAAACUGUACUAACAUCUGGGCUGGAGAAAAAAAAACCCACUAAGGCACAACAGAUCGUCGUUUACAACACAAAACAUUGUGAUAAUGCCAAAUAAAAAGAAGAAGAACAAAAAAUGAAAUACAAAAAGAACAAACACAAAACAAAACAAAAACAGCCCAAAAAGCAUGCAAAUUACGCAAAGGGAAAACAGCCAAUCCACGCGGUGCACCUGUAUAUAGAAUUAGCUGCGUCAGGCAUAUAUAUAUAUACAUAUGACUGAUGUUGAACGUCGUUGGAUUAGCGGAAUCUCAAAAAAUAUUUAAAAUACAAAAAAAAGAAAUUAAAUUUACGAAAUUUCGGAGUUAUUGCUUACAGUUAGACUUUUUCGGAAAAGAAAAAAAAUAAACAAUUGGCUAUUGCGCGUGGGAUAUAGUGUAAUAAUAUGAAACAAAAAAACAUUAGCUAGCUAGAACAAACAUUGGACACAUUUUAUGCUUUAGUUGAAUUGCAUAAGUCAUUAGCUGUCCUUAAUGUAACUGUAAUGAUGGGCAGUGUAAGCUGUUUCCCGGGUUUGACUUGUUGUUGUUUUCCUUCAAUGUUUUUCGUGCCUUAUUUCAUCCGAUUCGUUCUCUAGAGUCUAUUUGAUUUCGAUUGAGCAGUUUUUUUUUCAUGUUGUAUAGCAUUUACAAGAUAGAAUGCAGUUAGGCGUAAUACUAUGGAGGAAGAAACAAAGCCUUAACAUAAGUUGUACUUUUAUUUUAAAAUAAAAUGUCAAUCGCUCUUAAUCAAUCAA